AUGGCACACUACCUAUCCAAUUUAAACAGCAGCGACAAAUAUGACGCGGGCCAAAACUACCACGCCAACAAGGUUUUUAAUUCUAAAUUGGUUCUGUUAGGAGACACAUCCGUAGGGAAGUCCUGCAUCGUCGUGAGAUUUGCCAAGAAUGAAUUUUAUGAGUACCAGGAGUCGACCAUUGGAGCGGCCUUUAUGACGCAACUGAUCGAUAUAGGCGAGUGCACCAUCAAGUUUGAAAUUUGGGACACCGCAGGGCAAGAAAGAUACAGAAGCCUGGCCCCCAUGUAUUAUCGGGGCGCGUCAGCAGCCGUCAUCGUGUACGACAUAACGAACAAGAAGUCCUUCGAAGGAGCGAAGGGCUGGAUCCACGAGCUGAAGUCGGUGCACUCCAAUGACAUCAUCAUAGCCCUCGCCGGCAAUAAAAAGGACUUGGAAAAAAACCGUGUGGUGGACAGAGAACUAGCUGAGUCUUUCGCCAACAGCAACAACAUUCUGUUCAUCGAGACGUCUGCUAAAACGGGACAGAACGUGAACGAGUUGUUCUUAAGGAUAGCUAAGAAGUUGCCCCUCCACAAGAAGGAGCAGGACAAGUUCUCGGGAAUUCAGAUUAACAACACCGAAGAAGCAAAGAAAAAGUGCUGCUAA